AUGGCAGCGUCCGGGCUGCCACCGCCUCCGCUACUUCUACUCCUGGCGGUAGCCCUCGGCCUCGCCGGGGCCGAGUACCUCCAGGAGUUUGAGGUCUUUGAGGGCGUUCCCGUCGGCACCACGGUGGGCUUCAUCGGCCAGAGCGCGGCCACCCAGCCGCCGCCAGCGCCACCCUACCUCAUCGUGCCCGUGCCCAACUCCGCCGUUGACGCCGACCUGAGCAUUGACCAGGCGACGGGAGAGGUCCGCACCAACGUGGUGUUGGACCGCGAACUGCGAAGCCAGUACUCCUUCGUGGCCAUCCCGCUGAGCGGCGAAAACAUCCGGGUCUCGAUUCGCGUCCGAGACGCCAACGACAACGCGCCGGAGUUCCCGUCCUCGUUCAUGGCCAUCGAGUUUCCGGAGAACACGCCACGGGACGUGAAACGGACACUGAGUCCCGCCCGGGACCGCGACCUCGGAGAGUUCAACACGCAGCGCUACGAGAUCGUGUCGGGCAACGUGAACAACGCGUUUCGACUGUCCUCGCACCGCGAGCGGGACGACGUCCUCUACCUGGACCUGCAGAUCAAUGGAUUCCUGGACCGCGAGAACACGCCGUUCUACAGUCUCGUCAUCGAGGCGUACGACGGCGGCCGGCCGCCCUUCAAGGGCUCCAUGACCGUCAACAUCACCAUCCAGGACGUGAACGACAACCAGCCCAUCUUCAACCAAAGCCGCUACUUCGCCACGGUCGCAGAGAACGCCACGGUCGGUGCAUCCGUGCUUCGAGUGUUCGCCACGGACGCGGACUCGGCGGAAAACGGCCGGGUGAGUUACUCCAUUAACCGGCGGCAGAGCGACCGGGAGAACAUGUUCGCCAUCGACCCGGACACGGGAGUCAUCUCGGUCAACAAGCCCUUGGACUUCGAAGCGAAAGACGUGCACGAACUGGUCGUGGUCGCCAGGGAUGGCGGCGACCAGCCACUCGAGACGACGGCCUUCGUGUCCAUCCGCGUGACGGACGUGAACGACAACCAGCCGACCAUCAACCUCAUCUUCCUCAGCGACGACGCUUCUCCCAAGAUAUCCGAGGACGCGCGGCCGGGCGAGUUUGUCGCCAGGAUCAGCGUGAAUGAUCCGGACUCCAAGGAGGAAUACGCCAACGUGAACGUGACGCUGCGAGGUGGUGACGGCCACUUCGGCCUCACCACGCAGGAUAACAUCAUCUACUUGGUAAUCGUGUCCCAUCCCCUGGACCGGGAGACCCGCUCCAACUACAGCAUGGUGGUGACGGCCACCGACAAGGGGAGUCCUCCGCUGAACACGUCGCGGGCCUUCGAGCUGGCCGUGACGGACGCCAACGACAACGCCCCGCAGUUCGACAGAGACGUGUACUACGCCAACGUCCUGGAGGUUGCCGAUCCGGGGACGUCGGUGCUGCAGUUAUCGGCAACCGAUCGGGACGAAGGCAACAACUCGCUGGUGCGCUACUCGAUUCGCGACACGCCGGACACCUAUUCGCAGUGGUUCCGCGUGGACGCCCGCACGGGGCUGGUGACGACGCGCACACACAUCGACUGCGAGACCAGCCCCGUGCCCAGAGUGACCGUGGUGGCCACCGACAGCGGGUCACCGCCGCUGUCGGCCAGCGCCACGGUGCUGGUGACCAUCAGUGAUGUGAAUGACAACGAGCCGAUAUUCGACCAGAGUUUCUACAACAUCACCGUGGCCGAGGAUGAGCGCGUCGGCAAGUGCAUCCUCAAGUACCAUACUUUGAAUUUCGGAACGCUCGCGACUCGGACCAAACGACACCAAGAAGACAUAACCGACGCUCGUGUUUAG